AAGCGGCGCCCGCUCGGAGGGCGCCCGGCGCUUACUUCCGUGUUGGGCCGGUGCGGGGCAGACACCCCCGGGAACGCCGCGUAGGGAAUGCCCGCGCGUCCGGGCAGCAGCGCUCCCUGCCACCCUCCCGAGAAAGCUCGCAGACACACUGUCCCGCCACGGCUGCCCCAGCAGGGGAAGGAAGGGUCCCUGCGGGUGCUCCCCUUCCUCCUCACUCUCACAGCCGUGCUCCACGGGCCCCAGACUCUGGCCGAAGCGUCCGGAUGCCCGCCUGUCGGGGUGAUCUCCAGUUAGCGAGGCGUGUGUGCGGGCGCACCCUGUCCUGCCACUCCCUCGGAUAAUCCCCAAAUGUGCACACCGGCCAGCACCCUGUCAAUCGCCCCGUUACAGAGGGGUCGAGCCAUCCCUCACCUAACUGACAGAAGAGACUGGGGCUUGAGCAUCUGGUGGGGGGGGGGGGUCUCGUUCUGAGACAGCCUUGUGUAGACCUCCUGCCUCCGCCUCCCAAACGCUGGCAUUAAAGGCUUGUGCCCCCACUCCUGGCUCAAGCUUUUUCAUAUGGUGGUUUUUGACCUGGAGGGUCUCUCAAAAGAUCCACCUGCCUCAUCCUCCCAAGGCAGGGAUUAAAGGCAAGCAAGCAUAACCGUGGCCAGCUAAAGUUGGUAUUGCUAUUACAACUUUCUUUUUUUUUUUGAGGCAAGGUUUUGUGUAGCCCUGGCUGGCCUGGAACUCAGAGAUCCCCGUCUCUGCCUCCCGAGGGCUGAGAUUAUGGCACGCAUCAUAGCCGCCGCCACCACCACCCGGCUAACAACUUUUUUUCUUUUUCUUUCUUUCUUUCUUUCUUUCUUUCUUUCUUUCUUUCUUUCUUUCUUUCUUUCUUUCUUUUUUUUUUAAAUGAGAAGUGGGAAUCUAAAGGAAACUACGGAAAUUGUCUUGACUAGACUCUAGUGAGACGUUGCUUCCUCUAGAUUCCAUGGUGGGAUUGUUCUUGCCCCCCAGCUACACCGGUUUGUUUUCUUCUCUCUUGCUUUUUUAGGUUUUCUCUUUGAAUAAUCAAAGUUUGUCUUUUGUCCAUCCUUCAUUUUCUAUUUAGAGUUGGAGGUUUUCAAUUCAUUAUUAAAACCUCAGACUGGAUAUGUAGCUCAGUGGUGUAGCACACUGAGUGCGGAGGCUCUGGAUUUCGGUAUCACCACAAAGCCCUGGCAGCUGGGAAGCAGAGACGUGAAUCUGUGAGUUCCAGAUCAGCCAGAGCUACACAGUCAAACUGUCUCAAGAAACAAAACAAACACAAAACUAAGGGUCAUUUCUCUGCAGAGGAGGCUUUGAGUACUCUACUGACCAUCCAGCUUGAAAUCCUUCAUUAGAUCACAGGCUGUCCUACUAAGUGGUGGAUGUGGAUGCUCUUAUUUAAAAGAAAUGAGUGUAGCUAGUGCUGUAUUAAAAGUUGAAACCUGGCUUUUGGCAACAUGGCAUGUUAAAGUGCCUUCAAUGUGGCUAGAAGCUUGUGUUAACUGGAUCCAAGAAGAAAAUAAUAAUGCUACUUUGAGUCAGGCACAAAUAAAUAAACAAGUGUUAGAGCAAUGGCUUCUUACUGACCUGAGAGACUUGGAACAUCCUCUCUUACCUGAUGACAUCUUAGAAAUGCCAAAGGGAGAACUGAAUGGAUUUUAUGCUCUACAGAUCAAUUCUUUGGUUGAUGUGAGUCAGCCUGCGUAUUCACAGAUACAGAAGCUGAGAGGAAAGAAUACAACCAAUGAUCUCAUCUCAGCUGAAACACAGAGUACUCCAAAACCAUGGGAAGUGAGGCCUUCUCGGAUGCUGAUGCUACAGCUCACUGAUGGUGUCACACACAUUCAGGGGAUGGAGUAUCAGUCUAUCCCAGCUCUCCAUAGUGGUCUUCCUCCAGGUACAAAAAUUUUAGUUCAUGGACACAUUUUGUUCCGUCUCGGUGUUCUCUUACUGAAACCAGAAAAUGUGAAGGUGCUAGGGGGUGAGGUAGAUGGUCUUUCAGAAGAAAAUGCCCAAGAAAAAGUGCUUGCAAGAUUAAUUGGGGAACUUGAUCCUACAGUUCCAAUUAUUCCAAAUAAUUCCACUCACAACGUGCCCAAAGUUUCAGGGGGUUUAGAUGCUGUUUUGGGACCUUCGGAUGAAGAGCUCUUGGCAAGUCUUGAUGAAAGUGAAGAGUCUGCAGCAAAUAAUGAUGUGGCUGUGGAAAGAAGCUGUUUUAGCACAGGCAGUUCCUCAAAUACUACUCCGACAAAUCCGCCUGGUUUUGAGCCAGGAUGUACUAUUUCUUCAAGGCCAAAGGAGAAACCCCCAAACCGGCCUGUGCAUUUCACUGGUAGAGAAUUUGAUGACUUUUCACUGGAAGAGGCCUUGCUCUUGGAAGAGACUGUCCAGAAAGAACAGUUGGAAACAAAAGCAUCACAGCCGCUAACCCUGAGGGAAAGCACAGGUAAACGUGUGGAGAGCUUUUCAUAUAACCCUAGCAGUCUGAGCCGCACAGCUUUGAUUCACAAACGAGGAAACAGCAAUUUUGAUGAAAAAACAUUAUCUGAACAAAUGAUUCAUGAAGACAAAUUUUUUGAUUGUGCAUCUACUAGAGACCAUCAUAAGAGAUUCUCGGCUCAUGAUUUUACAAAUGACAGUAAGAUUUCAGAAGUAGAUGAUGCAGCACAACAAACUAUCAGCAGUUCAGAUGUGCAUUGCUUAAGUAAUAAAAUAUUAAACAGAAAGCCGGACAUAUCAGAAAAGAGUUCACAAAUUUCUAAAGAAAAUGGCCACCCUUUCCAGGCUUGUUCUUCAAGAUCAUUUGAGAAUAAUACUUAUCUAUCUAUCGGCAUGGACUUACAUUCCCCACCCUUCAUCUAUUUGUCUGUUCUAAUGGCCAGAAAGCCAAAGGAAGUUACUACUGUGACAGUCAAAGCGUUUAUUGUCACUUUAACUGGAAAUCUCUCAAGUUCUGGUGGCUUUUGGGGUGUAACUGCAAAGGUUUCUGACGGUACUGCAUAUCUAGAAGUAGAUUUUAUAGAUGAAAUACUUACCAGUAUGAUAGGGUAUUCAGUACCAGAAAUGAAACAAUUAAGAAAGGACCCUCUUAAAUAUAAAAAAUUCCUAGAAGGGUUACAGAAAUGUCAGCGAGAUAUGAUCGAUUUGUGUUGCCUAAUGACUAUUUCAUAUAAUCCUUUUUCAUGUAAAGGUGUGGUACUAGAAUUGCAAGAUGUUGGUAUGGAACACGUGGAGAACCUAAAGAAACGGUUGAAUAAAUAAUUUGCCAGAAUGCUAAUGGAGCACACUUUAAAACAGGCAAAUAUUUGGAAUCAAAUUUGUGUUUUCUCAAUUUUGGAAUUCUGUAAAAGAAAAAAGCUUCAGAGCUUAAAACUAGCUAGGACAGCUCAGUGGGUGACACGCUUUCUGCCAAGUGUGGUGACCUGAGUUUGAUCUCCUGGUGGUCUGAGGCAAAAGACGAGACCCAGCUUCCAGAAUCUGUUUGUAGUCCUCUACAUGGGUAGCAUAGGACACAUGCACACACAUACUAAGUAAAUGACAUUUAAAAAUAAAGAUAUUUAAUCAAAA